AUGUCUCUCACCCUCCUCUUUCUCCUUCUCCUCCUUCUCCUCCUUCUCCGUAGCUAUUCUUCUGCAGAGGUGGCCAUUCCCGCUGCCCUGGGCAUUAUGGCUCUGACCCAGGGCAUGUGGCCCGUGGGGGUUUUGCUGCUCGGACUGUCCGGGCUGGUGGUGCUGGUCUUUUGGCUGUGGCGGCAGCAGAUCGAUUUGGUGACUCGCUUGUUGGGGAUGGCUGGUCGCGGCCUGUCCGCAAACCCGGGCCUGGUGCCCUUGGCACUAGCCCUCCAGCUGGUUCUGGUGGGCCUUAUGGAGCUGCCCUUGGUGUUGGCGGUUAUUGCGGCGGCUAUGAACGGCACACUGGUGUACAACCCGGAUCGCGUGGAUGGCGGCUCAGCCCUCCUCGCUAAGACUGCGGAAGAGCAGUGCGUGGACGGUGCCGGCGAGAGCGUGCCGUGCUGCGUGUGGCAGACCGAGUCAUGGGUUCCGGUGUACUUCGCCUUCGCCGGCAUUGCCAUGACCUGGAGCCUGUUCCUGGCCUUUCAAAUCAAGAUGUACACAGUCGCCGGAUCCACUGCCCAGUGGUACUUCCAGACCGCCGCCGGCUCCGAAACCUCCUUCAGUGACGAUUCCGUACGCCGCCGUAGCCCCGGCCGUACACUGACAUCUCUGCGUCAUGCCGUGGGACCGUCCCUUGGGACGCUGUGCGCGGGCAGCGCGGUGCUCACCCUGGUAUCUAUGAUUCGGCAGGCCAUCCAGAAGGCUCGUCGGGAGCAGGGCAACAACAUCGUGGCUGCCUGUGUGGCUGCAUGUCUGUCGGUAUUGCUGGCGCUGAUGGAGUUCGUGACGCGCUUCGCCACCGUGCGUGCGGCCAUCACUGGGGAGGCGUUUUUCACUGCGGGUCGGAAUGUGGUGGCGCUGCUCAGCCGGAACGCCAUGGACGCGUUCGGCGUGUGUGGCGGUCUACUUGCUGAUCAGGCCCCCGCCUUCGCCGCCCUGACGGCGCUGGUGGGCUUCCUGGCGGCCUGGGCGGUGCUGGGCUUCCUGGCGUCGCUGAUGCUGAAUGUGGUGGACUCUCUGUUCGUGUGUGUGGGCAUGGACCGAGAUGUGGGCCAGGUGUCGUCCUUGGAGAUUCACACCGUCAUGUCCAAGUUGCCCACCGUCGGACCUGUCGUACAACAGCCCGACGGCGGAGUGGCGUACGGCGCUCCACAAGUUUACCAGCAGCCGCAGCCGCAGCAGGGCCCGAUGGGGCGAGGCUCUGUGGCGCGUGUGUGAGAGGCGGAGGCGGGACGGAAGGAGGGGGGAGGGGCCAGUGCCCCAGUUUUCCUGGGGGACCCAUCGUGCGGUUUCGGAGCGUUGCCUCUCGUGCAGGGAGCAUCGUUCUUGAGUAGUGUGCGCCUUUGCACCUUUCUCCCAAGGUCUUCCUCCGAAACCAGAAGUCCGAAACCUGAACGAGUCCGUAAUUGCGUGAGGGGCUCAACAGCAGGACAGGCAUGGGCGCAUUGAUUGGUCAUCGUACGGCAUUUCGGGGAAAGAAAAGGAAAAAAGGGUGCCGGGAAAAAGGGUCCCUCCGAACGAUGGCGCGUUGUGAUUGCGCGUGGGAGCCCUGAAAAACCGUUUUCGGCGUCGUUAUUACCGUUGUCAAUUUAAUAACAUUGUCGUUGUAGCCAUUGUCGUCAGUUGUUUCGUGUCGUUGUCGCCUUUGAUUAAAGCAGCGGGGGAUGCGGCAGGUUGGGAAGAUUGCAAAGAACGAACAGCGUACAUUUACAUGUGUUAUCCUGGAGUCCUUGAAGUCCAAAAUGUGCCUGCAGGUAACGGGCUUGUUUAGGCUUGUAGCCAGGUAACACGGGCCUGUUUAGGCCUGUCUAGCUGGGUGAAUAGUGGCAGGUGUUAAUAUGGUGUUGAUACAGGUUGCCAUGUAGACGUACAUGUCCCCGAUUGCAAGUCCUACAUGCCGCUUUGAAGUUGUGUAGGAGUUGGUUGUACCCUUGGGGCUCCUUUUUUGCAUAUAUAUGGGAUGAGGAACAUGAGGAAGGAGAAUUUUCGGAUUGGCCGUUAGCGAUUGUGGCGUAUGUGUCGUUGUUUGGCAGUUAGCAUGUCGCGAGGAUUUUGUCGCGUACAUACGUAUAGUUGUGGAGCCUUCUAAUAUAUGUUGGAUGGAGGAUUGCUGUUCCCUAUUGUACGACACCUUGAUUGUACUGAUGAUGCACUAGAGCGGUUACCUUGCAUGGCAUGGAAAGACGAAUUUGUCUGAUGAUCCAAGCAAGGGAGCCGUGCGCGUUCGUUCCCAAGUUCGGUAUUCUUUUUCUCUACUGUGUGACUGUCGAAGGCGGCAGGCAUGUAGCUUUUCUUUAAAGGAUUGCCGUCC